AAGCGCGGGGGUGCAAGAGCGUCAUCCGGGCACUUCACAAAGGACCCGAAGUUGCUCCCACUACCCAGAGCACCGAGAUGUCUGUCUCUUAAGAUCCACUGGAACGUGGAAACGUUGCAAAGAUACGUGAUGACGUAAGGCUUCCUUUCUAUUAGGAGCACGCAGCUUCCUGACCAUGUGGUCGCGAGCGCGGCUGUUGCUGGGCAACGUGGGAAGCCAACCUUGGUGUAAAAUUAAAGACAGCAUGAAGCGAGUAUUUUCUGGCAUUCAACCUACAGGAAUCCUUCACCUGGGAAAUUACUUCGGAGCCAUUGAGAGCUGGGUGAAGUUACAGGAUGAGUAUGACACGGUGCUUUACAGUGUUGUUGACCUCCACUCCCUCACUGUGCCCCAGGACCCUGCCGUUCUUCAGCAGAGCAUCCUGGACAUGACUGCUGCUCUCCUUGCCUGUGGCAUAAACCCAGAGAAAAGCAUCCUUUUUCAACAGUCUCAGGUGUCUGAACACACACAAUUAAGUUGGAUCCUUACCUGCAUGGUCAGACUGACUCGAUUACAACAUUUACACCAGUGGAAGGUGAAGGCUGCCCAGCAGAAACACGAUGGGAUGAUGGGUCUGCUCACAUACCCAGUACUCCAGGCAGCCGACAUUCUAUCCUACAAGUCCACACACGUUCCUGUUGGAGAAGAUCAAGUCCAGCACAUGGAACUAGUUCAAGAUCUUGCACAAGGUUUCAACAAGAAGUAUGGGCAGUUCUUUCCAGUGCCUCAGUCCAUUCUAACACCUAUGAAGAAGGUGAAAUCCCUCCGUGAUCCUUCUGCCAAAAUGUCAAAAUCAGACCCGGACAAACUGGCCACUGUCUGGAUAACAGACAGCCCAGAGGACAUAGUGAGCAAAUUCCGCAAGGCUGUAACAGACUUCACCUCUGAGGUCACCUAUGACCCUGCUAGACGAGGGGGCGUCUCCAACCUGGUGGCAAUCCAUGCUGCAGUAACAGGACUCACAGUGGAGGAAGUGGUCCACCGCAGCGUGGGCAUGGACACUGCCCACUACAAGCGGGUGGUAGCAGAUGCUGUGAUUGAGAAAUUUGCUCCAAUUAAGAGUGAAAUUGAAAAACUGAAGAUGGACAAGGACUAUUUAGAGAAAGUUUUACACACUGGAUCAGUAAAAGCCAAAGAAUUAGCAUAUCCUGUGAUCCAAGAGGUGAAGAAAUUGGUGGGGAUUCUAUAGGAAGCUAAUCACAAAAGGAUCUGUAUUUUGCAGUCUGGACACAGUAAUAAAGGUAACUUUCUCCAGUUUCUGCACACACACACGCGCGCGCGCACACACACACACACACACACAGAGUUUGAGGAUGUUUAAUCAUUUAAUUUUCUAGCUGAUUAUUGGCUUCAUUUGAUGAAUGAGGCUUUAUAGUGUUCAAAUAAUGUUCCUAAUCUCAUCAAUGAAAUAUGAUCAGAAAAUAAAAAAUACUGAAGAAGGCA